AGAGAAACAAAAAGUCUCAAGAACCGCCUACUUUUGGGAUUUGAUACUGCCAUGAUGGAGAGAGAUGGGGCGGAGGGAAAGUAACUCAACUAGAGUAAAAGUUGUAAAGUUAGAAUCAAAAACGAGGUACUUAAGAGAAAAAGGUGGUGACGUAGCUAACUUCUUCUAACUAUCAUUUUCAAAAAAAAUAUUAUGGCUGGUAGUGGUGCGGAGGAACAGGAAGUUGCUUCCGGCAGUCCGAGUGACGUGAUUGUUGUCGGGAGUGGCUCGGAAAUUAUGGAGCUGAGUUUUAGUUUUUUUUUUGCGUUUCAUCAAGACUUCAAGAAUUUUUACAGGGUCAGUAGUCUUUUUAUUUUCCCAUUUUUUUACGUUUAAUAAUUACUGUAAUCAUCGACGUCCACAAGUACGAGAAGUACAACAAGUCGUGAUUGUUCUUCUUGUGCUACAACUGUACUCAGCCGUGCUCAAGAACAAGGUCAAGUUCUUUCUGAGGCACCACAUCAACUUCAACUUCAUCGAGGACCACGUUUCUCCGCCUCUAAUAAACGCAUGGCCAGUCCUCUGGAGCUCGGGUUCAUCAAUGUCCGGGGGCCCACCGGAACCCCUCUGGACACUGGGAAGCCUGCCACGCUUGUGCUUCAGAAUGGUCUCGAGUACGGAGGCUACUCGUUCGGAGCGGACUGCAGUGUACUUGCAGCUAUUUUCAAUUUUACUCCCACCUCGAGUAGAGAAUUGUUACUGUAGUUCUUCUUGAAGACGACUACUUGUGCAUGUCGAGUAGAGUAGAACUGUUCUUCUUGAAGACUACUUGAUGUGCAUGUACCUCUACCUAGCGAUGAUGUCCAUGUUAUACCUCUAGCGACCUUUUGCAGUGCAGAAAUCCACCUCACCACUUCAACAGGUAUCCGGUGAGGUCGUCUUCAACACGGGAAUGGUUGGGUAUCCCGAAGCCCUGACCGAUCCGAGUUACACCGGACAGAUUUUGGUUUUGACCUACCCGCUGAUUGGCAAUUACGGUGUGCCGAAUGAGAAACAUGUUGAUGCUCUAGGACUGCCAAAGCAUUUCGAAUUAAGGGGGCUAGAGAUAAUUCAUCUUGUUGGAGAGCAUCCAUCCUGGAAGAGUUGUAUGGGGGAGUAUGGUCACAGGGGAAUGGGAAUCCCCCCUUUUUUAUUCAAGGAUGCAAAUCAAGGAUGAAUAUCGGACAGCCCUAACCCAAGGAAAGAAAAUCCAUGUCAGAGGCGUGGUUAUCGCCGAGUACUCCUUCGAGAGCUCGCAUUACCAAACGACAAAGAGUCUUGGAGACUGGUUGAAACAGCAGGGAGUGGCCGGUACAUCUACUUUCUUACGUAACUUUCAUCUACUUACAUUUACAUACAACUUUUGUGAUCAGUUUCAGUACAAGUACAACUACGAAGAUGACUUCUUCGUGUUCGUUGUUGUGAUCUUCAGAGAACGAAUGGAUUCACAUCACUUGGGAAGAGCUCAAUUUAACAACUGUGAUCUUCCUGUUGAUCUCCAUCAAGACACGACAACUACAACAGUACCAUCUUCAUCUAGGUAGUACUGAAUCUUUUAAUGAAAAUAUUUGUUGACACGAUAAUUCUGAUUCAUUUUCAACAUCAUGAUUGAGCUUCUUCUUGACUUCUUCACCUACAUCAACAAGGUAUUUUUGGCGUCGAUACACGCGCUGUGACCAAGCAACUGCGUGCCGAAGGCAGUGUGCUGGGGAAGGUGGAGGUGAGCGGUGGUCCUCCUAUCGAGUUCGACAACCCGAACGAGGUGAAUCUCCCUGCCACUGUUUCCUGCACGGAACCGAUCUUGUACACUCCACAGUUAGAGCUGUCCGCAAUUCAUCUUUCAAGUGCAUGAUCCUUGAAAAUAAGUAUGGAGGAGAGUGCUAUUCCCUUAGGUGGAUACUCCUCCAUACGUAGUUCCAAGGAUCAUACGCCCAAAGAUGUAUUAGGUACAGCCUUAACACAGGACGGUCGACAACCACGAUGCCGGAUCUUGGCUCUGGACUUUGGGAUCAAGUACAACAUCAUCCGCUAUUUCGUGAACAUUUUGGGCGUAGAAGUGUUGAGAGUCCCCUGGAACUACGACAUCUGCGGAACGAAGGAGAAGUUUGACGGCCUUUUUCUGUCGAACGGUCCUGGUGAUCCAGCAUUGUGUGUCGCUGCUAUCCAAAAUCUGAAGAAAUUCAUGUUAAGCAAAGCUAGUUUUUUUUAUCACUAUCCUAUCAUGUGGAGGACCACUAUAAUGCUCACGAACACGAAUGGAGUCCUCCUUGAUUUUAAUUUAAAGGGGAAACUGAGGGAAAGGGGCAAAGAGGGCACCCCACUCGACUCGGGAUAGUGAAAAACUACCUUUAAUCAUGGCAGAAAAUCGCCCCACGCCGAUCUUUGGCAUCUGUUUGGGCAACCAACUCCUCGCUUUGGCGGCUGGUGCUAAGACCUACAAGAUGAAGUUCGGGAACCGUGGAAUGAAUCAACCCUGUAUCGAUUUGCGAACUCUACGAUGCUACAUCACGGCACAAAACCACGGUUUUGCAGUCGACUCUGGCACUCUACCAACAGGAUGGUCGCAGUUUUUCAUCAACGGAAACGAUGACUCAAACGAAGGUAAGAAUAAGUAUUUUUGGGUACAGGAGUUGAUGUUUUUCACGACUUGUCAGCAAAUGCUGGAAUUGUUGUUGUCUCUCUAAGUCGGACUCACACCUCUAUAGCUAAGUCAUAAUUCUUAUACUUAUAAAUCCUUAAGUACUUACCCUUUCCUUUCGACAUUGAACGAAGCGAGAAGAUCAUGAAUGAAAGUGAAACAACUACAUCGGCUUGUUCCCCAGGAAGGUAUUAUUCACCGCACAAAGCCUUGGUUUUCGGUUCAGUUUCAUCCGGAAGCUGCUGGCGGACCGACAGAUACGAGCUUCUUGUUUGAACACUUUAUUGAUGCAGUCCAGAAUCCUGGAGCCAUCCCGAUAACGACGAUGCCCUAUCGCCGACCGAGACAGUACAAACGGGUGUUGUUAAGGCUGUACUAGCUAAUGAAUCUUUGACUGCUUAACAACUAGUCGUGGAAGAUCAACAUUGAUUCGAAUUAAUAAUUACAGUGCGCCAAGUCUGUUAUCAGUAUCCUUGAAACGCAUGAGGGAGUAAUAUUACAAGGGAAUACGUACCCCCCAUACUUUUUAAGGAUGCCCUUGAAAGAUAAAUAAUUUCGGACAGUUCUAACGUUGGUUCUAGGAAGCGGUGGCCUUUCUAUUGGUCAGGCUGGAGAGUUCGACUACAGCGGGAGUCAGUGCAUCAAGGCGCUGAAGGAAGCGGGUGUGGAGUCGAUUUUGAUCAACCCGAACAUUGCCACGGUGCAAACUUCGCAAGGUAAGCAUGAGUAGUUUAAGGUUUCUAUGACCUAAUCAUGAACUCGAACAACAGUUUUAAUCUUCAUCAUAAUUGAUUCAUGUGUUGAGUCCACGUAAUAAGUGCCUGCUCCUGUUCUGGAUCAUUUAGAUUCCCAUAUUCAUCAUCAUCUUCGACUACUUCGAGUUCGAUCUUCACAAAAAACUAGUUUCCAACAAACAAGGUCUCGCGGAUCGCGUUUACUUCCUCCCCGUCACUCCUUACUUCGUCGAGGAAGUCAUCAAGAAGGAGCAACCUGACGGACUUUUUUGUACGUUUGGUGGUCAGACUGCGCUCAACUGCGCUGUGCAGAUGUACGAAUCUGGAAUUUUCGAGAAGUACAAUAUCCAAGUUUUGGGUACACCGAUUUCCGCUAUCAUCAUGACCGAAGAUCGCGAGAAAUUCGCAGCCGCUGUUGACGAGGUUGGUUACAAAGUCGCCGAGAGUAAGUGCUGCAACUCGGUCGAAGAAGCAGUCAAGGCUGCGAACGAGAUCGGCUAUCCAGUUUUAGUGCGUGCUGCUUUUGCCCUUGGAGGUCUGGGUAGUGGCUUUUGUGCGAAUGAACAAGAGUUAUGUCUCCAUUGGAUGUGGAUGAGUCAGUUAAUUUUUUUUGCAGCACUUAAUUUUAAUUAGAAUUGUAUCUAUCUAUAACUAAUACUAAGUUGAAGUUUGUUCUUAUGUUUUAGGUGCAAAAAGUGCAAAGUACAAGCAGGGAUACGAUUGCUACUUACAACAAAACCUCCAUAAACUUAUACUUUCGCUACUUAGGCAUAGGGUUAGGCUUCCCCUCAUCUCAUCUCUAAUCCCCGUCGUCGAAUUGACGAAGGUCAGUUUCCAGAAGAGUUCUCAGGUGAUUGUGGACAAGAGUCUCAAGGGCUGGAAGGAACUUGAGUAUGAGGUUGUGCGCGACGGUCUGAACAACUGUAUUACGGUCUGUAACAUGGAAAACUUCGACCCUAUGGGGAUCCACACUGGAGAUUCUAUCGUCGUCGCACCCAGUCAGACGCUCUCAAAUGCGGAAUAUUACAGGUUGAGGGAUUGCGCUUUGAAGGUACCUAGUACAUAAACAAGUACUGUAGAGUGAUAAAAAUCAUGUCGAGCAUAUUCAAGAACAUCUUCACAAGAACUUCUUGAUUCUCUGAAUCUGCCUUCCGUUUAGAAGAAAAGGAAAACUGCUUUUCUCUACCUGGCAAGAAUUUUUAACCACUUUCACUUUCACUUCACUACAAUGUAGUACAUGACCCACUUUUUAACCACUUUCACUUCACUUUCACUUCACUUUCACUUCACUUUCACUUCACUUUCACUUCGCUUUCACUUCACUUUCACUUCACUUUCGCUUCACUUUCACUUCACUUUCACUUCACUUUCACUUCACUUUCACUUCACUUUCACUUCGCUUUCACUUCGCUUUUACUUCUACAGAUGAUCCGUCAUUUGGGUGUGAUCGGCGAGUGCAACAUUCAAUACGCUGUGGACCCCAAGUCUGAGGAGUUCCGGAUUAUUGAGGUGAAUGCUCGGUUGUCCCGCAGUUCAGCUUUGGCGAGUAAGGCAACCGGCUAUCCCCUAGCCUACGUCGCGGCAAAGCUAGGCUUAGGCCACGACCUUGUUUCUCUACGCAACGCAGUCACCAAGAGCACAACGGCUUGCUUCGAACCGAGCUUGGAUUAUUGCGUAAUCAAAAUCCCAAGAUGGGACUUGAAAAAGUUCGUAACGGUGGACAAGGUACUUAUACUUAAAAUCAUACUUAGAAAUACAACAAUGAUGUUGAACUACAGAAGUUUUUCUACAACUAGAAGAACAAGGUAGUCCAGAUCCUCCAGAACAUCAAUUCAUUGUCGUUAUAAAUAAAAUCAAGUAUUAAUUCAGGUCGUCGGCAGUUGCAUGAAAUCCGUUGGCGAGAUCAUGGCGAUUGGACGCAGCUUCGAAGAAACAGUCCAAAAAGCUCUGCGCAUGGUUGAUGACAGUUGCUUGGGCUUCGAAGGGGACCGCUUCGAUUUGGAAGCUGGAGGUGGCCGAACCUACUGCAAUUUAGAAGAGGUGAAGACCGAGCUAGCGAACCCGAGUCCGGUCCGGAUCUUUGCGAUUGUUAAGAAUCAAGAAUGUCAGGAGAAUGUACACCAAGAUUCAGGAGAAUGAACGUACAACCUAGAAGUAUGUAAAGUCUAAGUUCUUUAUAAGUUACGCUAGGAGCUAGCAUGCAGUAUCAGCAUAAUGUGAAUUUAGAUUAUGUAAGUUGUCCAUUCAAGUUUUUACGCAAAUUGCAGAAUGAAGACUACGGCGCGCAUCUCUCUCUCUACUACGCAAUUCAGUCCAAUUGCAGAAUGAAAAUAGACUCAAAUAUAAUGAAGAACCUUCUAAUAGGCCCAAAGCUUUCGAGUAUGGCCUGAAUGUGCAUGACGUGCACUCUCUGACCAAGAUUGACCGCUGGUUUUUGAGCAAAUUGUGGAAUAUCCACUCUCUCUCUGGCAUUCUACGUUCGACGAGUUUGCCAUUUCUCCGAGACGAUCCAGGUCUACUUCAUGCCGCGAAGAAGAACGGCUUUUCCGACAAGCAGAUCGCCAAGCUGAUCACACAAGGUUCUUUGGUUGCGGGAAAGGGUGGUAAGGGCGCAUCACCAACGGGUACAGAACAACAUGCAAGCAAGAAGAAACCACUCGUCGUGCAAAACUCGAUUUUACGGUCAGGAGCUUUUAUAUGGUUUUUUCCCUUCUCGGCAUCGAUUUAUUUGGUAAGAAGUAGGGUUUUGCCCUGUUGUAAAAAUAUUCUCAUGUUGAAAUACAAAUACAAGGACCGCAGAUGAGGGGUCUUCAAGAUGAGGGGAGCGAGAUGAUGAAGAAAAGCCGACUCUAACGACUGACCAGAUCUACAGCGGCUACAACAGCAAUAAAGCUUCGGCCUGUUCGGAGGAAGACGUUCGGCAAAUUCGACACCGUGAAAAUAUUCUGCCUUGCGUAAAACAGGUCGACACUGUGGCUGGUGAGUUUCCCGCAGAAACGAACUACCUGUAAGGCUUGUUCCCUAAACCCUAACCCAGAAGCAUCUUGUUUAAAGCUGCCCCAUACAUAAGGUGGUCAGAAGCAUCUUGUUUGUCAAGCAUCUUGUUUGAAACUUGUAUGAUACACAAGGAAAAAGAAGCAUCAUUUUUCAAGAUGCUGCGUCUCAAGAUGUUAAGGUAUUUUUUGAAAUGAGAGCGGUGCAUCUAUGCAAAAAGGAUCGGAGGGUCAUAAGAUUAAGAGUACUAUCAUGUCUAAUACCUGUACUUGACCUACAAUGGUGAGGAACACGAUGUGGACCCUAUCGUCGUGGACAAGAAACAAGUCGGGCGAUUAAACGCAGCAGCGAAACGUGCACAAGGAGGCAGCCCGAAAUUUCGAAUGUUCACACCAUCCAAAGCCGGUGGCCACUACUACAAUCCGGCCUCAAGUUAAGCUUAAGGAAGCUGAUUUUUAUAAUUCAUCAUUUACAUCAUUUUUACUUACUCUUUUUACCACGUGUCUCUCUCUCUCUCUGGUGACUGUGUCAUAUUCAUUUAUGAAUACAACUGUUAUUUAAGUAGAAGUUUCCUUCUCAAGAGGAUCUUCUACCUCUAGUCUGGGUCGUUUGGAGGAGGAACCUCGAAAAAUUCCAAGCGCCUACCUCUAAUUGCAGGCUCCAGAACAGACGCGGGACAGGUUUUUUGGACAAGAAGGAGGAAGCACGCACAGCCAUUCAGGCAAUGCAGGAGAUGACUCUCACGGAGGCUUCUACAUGGAUCCGAGCCAGGCAGCCUCACCUGUUAGCACUCGAGGCGGAGGUCGAAGUGGAGCUUCAAACACGUUAUGGUGGUGGUGGAGUGCUGAGGAGAUCUACAUUCUUCAAAAAGACAUCUCCUAGAAUUAGACGACGAAAGACGGACGAAUCUUGAGGUUGAGUAGGGACAUUUAGAUGGACUAAAUUUGUUUGGGAAUUUUUUGGGAAAAGCUUCGUUCUAGUUCUAUGACAUCUGCUCCAUCUUCUUCUUCUCCUUGGUUCAUACCCCGGCUCCGUCAUCGUCCUGGGUUGUGGUUGCUAUCGCAUCGGCAGCAGCGUGGAGUUCGAUUGGUGCUGCGUGCAAGCCGUGAAGACCAUCCGGUCUGCGGGUCGUCCGGCGAUUGUGAUCAACUGUAAUCCGGAGACGGUUUCUACCGACUUCGAUGAAUCUGAUCGAUUGUUUAAGACUUCUUGGAACAAGCAAGUAAGUAAAAGUAAAUGGUUUUGAAUAAUGAAAGAAGGAGAGCUUAACAUCAUCUACAUUUUUUACGUACGUAGAAUAUAUUUAUAGAUAUACCCACCAGCAGCUGCAUAACUAAGAAGGAAGCUUGUGAGUGGUCCCACCUUCUCUCAAGAACUACAUACAUCCUCGUCUUCUACUUCUUUUUCUAAUCCCCAUUUCGACGAACUGAACCACGAAACAGUCCUUGAGAUCUACCAAUUCGAGAACCCAUACGGACUCGUCAUCAGCGUUGGAGGGCAAGUUCCCAACAAUCUGGCCAUGGGUCUGGCGAAAACUGGACAGGUGCAGAUCCUAGGAACGUCCGUUGCAGCAAUCGACAGUGCUGAGAAUCGGUUCAAAUUCUCGCAGUUGUGCGACACGUUGCAGGUCGAUCAACCGGAGUGGUCAGAAUUUUCGACCUACCAAGAAGCCUUGGACUUCAGUGAGCGGGUUGUUAUGGAUUUUCAUUUUGCAGUUGUAUCGUCCUGGCGGCUCUAGAAGCCCACGACCUCGAAAUUAACUAUCGGAUAAGGUACGUAGAAGUAGAACAAGAAGUACAAGAUGAACCACCAGAAGAUUACAUCAAUCAUCUUGAACAAGGAGCAAAAGCAAUAGAAGGUUGUAAAGGGGUUCGCUGAAAUAUAGUCAGCAUCAUGAUCAGCAAACAACCUUACUACAUCAACAACACGUGGUCUACUUUGCAGCUGUCUCCCUCUCGUCGCCUCUCCUCUCCUCCUGUCUCUUAUCUCUCUCUAAAUCGUCUUUCCCUGUCCUCGUCCGUCCUUCGUACGUCCUGUCUGGUGCAGCCAUGCGAGUGGUGGUGGAUAAAGACGACCUCUAUGGAUUCCUCAGGUCCGCAGCCAUCGUCAGCCGAGAAUACCCAGUCGUGAUUUCAAAGUACUACUUACCAUUUAUCUUACCAAGAACUACUGAAUCGCCUCCUUUUUAAACUUCUGUAAAACUGAUUUCGGGUCGUGUGCGUGUGCACGACGCACGCUCAGGUAGUAUAGGACUCUGUUCUGAACUAUGCAAGAAGAACCUCAAGGUGGAUCUUAAUAUUUCAGGUACGUCGAGCACGCUAAGGAGGUUGAGUUUGAUGCUGUGGCGUGUGGCGGAGACGUCGUUAAUUACGCCAUUUCCGAGCAUGUGGAGAACGCAGGAGUUCACUCAGGUGAUGCAAGUCUCCUGCUACCUGCACAAAAGCUGUACGUCGAGACCCAUCGCCGGGUGAAGAAAGUGUCUACCAAGAUCGCCAAGGCGCUGGGCAUCAGUGGACCUUUCAACAUCCAAUUCAUGUGCAAGGACAACGAGGUGAAGGUAAUCGAGUGCAACCUGCGAGCUUCCAGAACGUUUCCAUUCAUCUUAUGGAAGUAGGAAUUUCAUCUUAAUGUAGUCUAGUUGUCAAGAAGAAAUAGAAAUCAAUAUUCAGUCAAAAAUCUACUUAGGCAGAUGGCCGAGUAGAUUUACAUCAUCAUCAAGUCAAAAAUCAUAAGAAAAAGUAGUGCUAGUGCUAGAAGAACUACAAAUUUUGACUACUAGUACAAAAAUUAGAUCAUCAUUAUAGUCAUAGAGGCCACCAGUGGGAUGAUCCACUCCAGCUUGAUGACUUUGUUUGUCUUAUCUGUCUAGUUGCUAAGUGCUAACCUAUGCCUAGCGCAGCGGGCCCUUGAUGGGCCCGCUUUCUGCCAUACUCAUAGUCAUACUCAUUAUAGUCAUAGAGGCCACCACCACCACCCAGGUGGGAUGAUCAUGACAGAACGAUGAUCAUGAAGAACUUCUCCAAGGGUUUAGGGUUCUCCAUCUCUAACCCUCAGCAAGACGUUCAACAUCAAUGUUCUCCACCUCUAACCCUCAGCAAGACGUUCAACAUCAAUUUGAUUUCGUUGGCAACGAAGGUGAUGCUUGGACAAACGGUGAGACCAGAAAAGAUGCAUCCCAUCGACGUCGGCUAUGUAGGCUGCAAAGUAGCCGUGUUCAGUUUCUCGCGCCUGAAGAACUCGGAUCCGAGGUUGGGAGUGGAAAUGCAAUCCACAGGAGAAGUGGCUUGCUACGGUACAACUCAAAUGAUGAAGAUGCUAUAAAUAUAAUUCAUUCUCUUUCUUGUAGAUACUACUUGUAGUUUGCACGGGUACAACUCAAAUGAAGAUGCUAUAUCAUUCAUUCUGCUCUUUGUAGAUACUACUUGUAGUUUGCACGGGUACAACUCAAAUGAAGAUGCUAUGUAAAUAUAUUAUUUCUCUUUGUAGAUACUACUUCUAGUUUGCGUUUGGGUUCGCGGCGCUGUGUAUCUUCGUCGCGACCUAGUAAAUGCAUUAGGUCAAUACGAAGCUGCUUUUGCGACUAUAACAUUAUGCCAUUCUUGAGUAACAGAUACAUCGAAUUCGAGAUGCUGAUCCGAUGACCGUCCCUCUUCUUCUUCUCGUCAACAUCUAAAUCUUCACACGACGUAGAAAUAACUAUUUUUACUGCAUCGAUUUCAAUACACGAUCACGACCAGUUGUUGUGAACGAGUAUGAAGCCUACUUGAAGGCAGUGAUAUCAAAAAUACACCAGGUAUGAACAAGUACGAAGCUUACUUGAAGGCGGUGGUAUCGAGUGGAAUUAAGCUCCCGGACAAGAACAUCAUGGUCUCAAUCGGUCCGUCGCAUGACAAAGGUGAUCUUGUCAGCGCCAUCCGCAUGUUAGUCGAAAUGGGCUAUCAGCUCUAUUUUAAGGCUCAUAACAAUAUAUUUUCAUUUCCGUUCUCGCAGAUAAAAGAAUCUGGCUUAUAGUUUUCCUAUUGGAAAUGUGAAUUAUCGAAAACAUUCAUGAAUUAUCGUGAGCUCUAACUCAUGUACCAAAGGGACAUACGAAUUUUUCAAAGCAGAGAUGCCAACUUUCGCUGGUAUCAUGGUGCACAAGCCUCACGUCCGCAAGACACCGAACGCGACUGAUUUGAUUCUUAUGACUGUCCGUAGAAACAAGCUAAUUUUUUUUAAUGAUCUACUUACUCGUACUAUUGAUGUUGAAGUUCUUGAGUGUAGUGCUUCUAGAGCAGGACUUGUACGACCAAUAGGCAGGAGAAUUCAACUACUGACGUCUACUAAGCACUAAAUAAAACAACCGGUUCGUUUUUACCUCUAGCGUGUAACCCUUCGUCCAACAAACUACUUACAACCUUAGUACAGACACCAAGAACAUCUUCCUCUUUCUCUAAGUUGCAGCAAGGCAAGAUCGAUCUAGUUAUCAACGUGCCGGACAGUAUGGACAGUGGUGGCGCGACAGACGGCUUCCAGAUCCGUCGUCUUGCAGUCGACUGCUCCGUGCCUUUGCUGAACGAUGUGAAGACCGCGCGUCUGUUCAUAGAAGCCCUCCACCGAAAGUGGGAACGUGAAGCCGCAGGAAAGGAGUUCUGGGGUAUCACCAGCUGGCAAAGCUACAUGGCUAUGGAGUGAGUUUUACCUUGUGGCAAGAAAGCUACAUCUCGGCUAUGGAACAAUAGGCUCAGUCAGUGGUUCACCAGGUGGUCAAAACUGCAGAAGUGGUUCACCAGUUCCGUAGAUUUAAAUCAAAGCAAGAGGAGAUCAUGCGCAUUAACGAUUAACCAGCUGGCAAAGCUACAUUGCUCGGCGGAAGGAGUAAAUGCAAAACUGUUCAUGACCACAAGGGGGUGGAUCAUGAACAUAUACAUCAUAGUAUAGCAGAGCUAUACAGGUGAUUAGCCAUGGGAUAAAAGUAUAACGGUAGUUAACUUUUUUAUGUAGGAGGUAGGUACGCGUACGUACUUCUACGACAAAACAAGAUAAAGUUUCGAAAACUAGAAUCGAUACGACAUACGUUCAUCACUACGACAUUUUUUAAUAGAUUACUGUUUUGCUUCGAAUUCGAUGUGCGGGAGCGGGUGGACCAAAAUGAGUAUAAAGAUAUAGCAAAAAAAAUAGAUGUCACUGUCAUUUACGCUAGGGCGGGAAGGAUGAUGCACUUCAAGGUUAAGAUGCAGACCGUUUUUUUUUGAAUCAACCAGGAGGCAGCUGUCGAAACAUUAGCUUGAACUAUCUGAGUAAUAUAUUUUCAAGAAUUUCCUCUAAAACAAUCAAUCAAUUUGAAGCACUUUUUAUAGAAGAAGUCUAUGAACUAUGUGCAUGUGCUAGCACGACGAACAUCUUAUCUCGUUGAAUAAUGUUCCGAACACGUGGGUGCUCCACCAUAUUUUUCACAUCGAUGUGAAUAAGUCAAUGUUGAUAACAUCACUCAUCAUACAACUGUAGCUGUACUAGUAGGGGAGAAUUUUUGAAAUUAAGCAUUGUGUACUGACUAUCGGAGUAUAUUUGAUAGUGUAUAAAGCAAUAAAUACAACAAACUCAUUGGCUGAGUUUGUGAAAAAGUGCUGAUUCUCUCAUCAAUAGAUAUGAAUAAUAUCACAGACAGAAAUGUGAAGACGGAUAGAACUAUAGAAGUACUAGAAAUAAUACUAGGGAAGACCUACGACACAAGAAGUAGGAAAUACAGCUACAGGAGACUCUUUAACGGACGUAGUUUUAACUAGUAAUAUAAUAAUUACUUUCAAAAAAAAGUGGGAAUGGUACUAUUGGAUUAGUUGCUCUCAGAUCGUGAUCGAUGUCGUAGUUUUUUUCGUCAUGGGAAAAAAUCGAAAGCCAGCAGACCACGAAUCAUCAACUAAAACUACGAUCUCGUUAAUACAAACACAACAAAAAUUUUUAUAGGUGGUGAGUACGAGUAGCAGACUAUGAGUACUAUGAAGACUACUAAUAAAUAUCUCUAAUUUUUAUCUCUAAUCGCUCACGCAAAGAAACACCACAUCCAUUGAAAAGGAUUGAAAAACAACCAUUUUUUACGUGGACACACUCACAUCUACCCUCCAAAAACUUUUUAAAGACUGGAGGUUUCACAUCAAAUCUGAAAUCUGAAACUUCGCAGUUGCUUCCUUUGUCAAUAAUUGAAGAUCACUCGGUCGUUCAUCGAUGUCAUGUAAGUACGUAUUUUUCGACAUCGACUCAACAACAACAACUGAUGAAAAACACAAACGCAACUACAUCCCUGUGCGGGUGCCGGAUGCUCGUUCGGCCUCGUUC